GAAUUGUGGGCCACCUUGCCGAAGGAUGAUUGUUGCACUGUGGUGCAUCGGUGCCAGUGCAUUCAGCACCGUUAAAGCUCGACAACACUCGACCGCAGUGAUAGCACGCUGUAUCGAAUAUACGCCGGGUGCGUUAACGAUUGGUCAGCGCAAUCGGUGGCCAUCGAAUGGGUCCGUUCGGGAUCGAUAGUGUAGUUAGUCGAUGAUCAGAAGCCUUCGGUGUUAGAUGAUAAAGAUAUCAGUGGACAAUCAUUGUUUUAACUGUGAGGAAGUGUUUCCACAUUGCGAAAGGGAUGAAUGUUUUAAGUGCCAAAUAGUGAAUUUAUAUUUUUGUGCAUUUGUAAGGCAAAAAUGUGUCGAUAAAGAUGCUUUUUUAUACCAUGUAAAAAGAGUGACUUCCAUUUAUGGUCUUUCAAAAAAGUGUGAGUCUUUCAUACGUUUUACCAGCCAAUAAGUGUUUAAAGUUUACAUUGAAUUUAUCGACAUUAAACACUUAAAAAACCAUGAGUCAAGGAGCAAAUGGAUUACCCAUCGGUCAGACACCAACGGCACCAUUUUAUCCAUACACCGGACUACACGCACCCGACGAAGGUUAUGAUGCGAACUUUCAUAUCUUUCCGCCGGACUAUUAUGCGCCGGAUUGCGACUAUCGAACGGACAUCUUAGACAGCAUGCGAAUGGCUCCAUCACAGCGCUCGCAACGAUUUCAUAUUAGCAAUAUCUUGGAGCUAAACAGUCAGCAGCAACAUCAGGAAUCUUCCAGCAAAGAUCAACCGACCGUUCCCAGUCUCUCAACAUCUGCCGUGCUACAGCCUCAUGUACCUCAUGCCACGACCUACCCAUUCACUAUAUCCGAGUUGGAAUCGCAACAAAAUGGCGCAACUCAGCAAACGCUUGAUGUUUCCACACCGGGCAGUUAUCCGUCCGGACCGGCAGUGGACGAUCAGUCACCACUUUCGUACGGUGCAAUGUCCUCCCAUAGUGGUUCCUGUUUACCAUUGCAGCCUGUGCUUAAUCCUGCCACUAUUGGCACGGGGAUACCGUACGAUCCUCCACCGUACUAUUCGUACUCGCAUCAUGCACAUCAUCUAUUCGGAGGAUCCAGUGCUGCUUUGAGUGCUUCCGGUGUGGCGUCAGAACCGACACGUUCGUCUUAUUCCUAUGGUGCAGUUAAUUUGGAUUAUGUUCCUUCGGUAAUUCAGCACAGCGCGACAAAUGAGGCAAGCAAUGCGAACACUCAGCAGCUCAGCCCGGAUAGUACCUCGCCCGGUCCAGAACUCUACUCAUUGGCCAGCUACAGUAACAUUCCCCGUGUGGUAAACGAAGCAUCCGAUCGCUUGGUCGCCCUCGAAUCCGACGGUCCAUCAAUCGAUCCGGAAUGUUCCGUCGACACCAACAAUAACCAGCACAGUCCACACGACACUCCCGACGAUCUGGACUCACCGGAUCCACGUACUACUCGUUCGGGAGCGCAUCGUAACGACUCCGGUACCGGUGGUAGUGGUCACAAGAAACGAAAGCGACGCAUCCUCUUCUCCAAAUCACAAACCUUUGAGUUGGAGCGACGCUUUAAGCAAGCCCGCUACUUAUCUGCCCCUGAGCGGGAACAUCUAGCGAGCAUGAUUAAUCUGACCCCAACGCAGGUGAAGAUUUGGUUCCAAAACCAUCGCUACAAAACGAAGCGUGCUCAAACGGAGAAAAGCUCAUGCUACGGAGCACCACCGACCGUGCUUGGUGCGAGUCCACCGAAGAAAAUCAAUCCGCCGGUGUUGGUACGCGAUGGUAAACCGUGCCAGGAUGUGCUGCAGCAUCAGCAUCACCAUCAGCAACAAGCACAGCAACACCAGCAGCAGCAGCAACAGCAAGGACUUGCUCAUGCUCAUCAACAUGCGCCUUCGGCACACUUUCAUCAUUCAUCGUUUGGAGCGGUUCAUGGGUCGGGAUUACAACCGCCGGGAGGUGGAAUGCUUGCCGGUGGGCACGGUUCUUCCCCACGCAUGUGGUGACAAAUGCGGGAUUAUUGGUCGGGACAAUUUUAUCGAUUCUUCGAAUAAAGAGUGCAAUUUUAUUAAACAGAUUAAA